UAAGCAUCCGAAAUCCAGUGUAAGAGAUAUAAAGAUAUACUAUCAUUUAAUUCCUCCAAAUGGCUAUCUCAAAAAUGCAAAAAGUUUCAGCAUGUUUGUUCCUCUUAUGCAUGGUGGUAAUUUCAUUUUCAUCACCCCAUGCAGAAGCUGCAAUCUCAUGCAGCACUGUCUACUCUAACCUAGCUCCAUGCCUCAGCUACCUCAUAGGAGGUAGCAAACAAGCGGUGCCGGCAGGCUGCUGCAGCGGGAUUCAGUCCCUCUACACCGCCGCUAGCACCACCGCGGACCGCCAGAGCAUAUGUUCCUGCCUGAAAGCAGGGGCAGCAAGUCUUGGCAGCAGUAUUGAUGCUAAUAAAGCUGCUACUCUUCUUAACAAAUGUGGUGUCACUGUUCCUUACAAAAUUAGCCCAAACAUUGACUGCUCUAAAGUCCAGUAAAUUCUCAAUGUCAUUAUGGGGUGCUGUAUUGUAAAAUGUAAGAUGUGCUCUCUAGUCUUGAAGAGCAGUACUUUAUGAUUUGAAUAAUUUGGCUGAAGUGGCAUGCAUGUAAUUUUAUCUAUUUGGUGAAUAUUUAUUGUACCGCUUCCUGAAAUCAUGCUAUUUUCUCUCUU